AUAACAGCUAGGUAACUAGGUAACGGUACACUGGUGACUAGACACUAGGAACUACAAUACCUUCCUUGAGUGACGUGGACUAACGGAAGUGAAAUUCAGUAUUGAUCUUGUGCGCCACGUUUGUUAGCUAGAAUAUGGAUCUCUUCGGUGUGUUUCUCGCUUUUAUAGCCAUCACAGCUCUGGAUGUUGAAGCAGGUCGAGCGUUGAUGUCUGAUAUUAGCGGUUACCCCUCAUUCCAAGACACACCAGACGAGAUCUCAAUUGGUAUACUUGGCAGUCAACUUACCAAGGAACUAGCAGAUAACAAUUUUGGAAAGGAAGCUUUAAAAGUGGUUGUUGACAAGGUAUUUUAUAAAGCUGACUUAGAUGCAGAUAAUUUGCUGGAUAGAAGAGAGCUUGCACUCUGGCUCCACCAGAAUGAACUGGAAAAUAAGGCUGCAGAGAUUAAAGCAGAUUUCUGGGACUGGGAUGAGAACCAAGACUCUCAGAUGACGUUCCAAGAGUUUGGGCUCUACGGAGGACUGGAUGAUAUCUCCGCCAUGGACUUUAAGAAAGAGUUCUUACUGGAGGACAACAAACUGAACUAUCCUCUGUUGGAGCAUGACCACCCUGUUUUGGAAGAGAAUGGUUCUCCUAGCUUGGCUGGAAUUAUUAGCAGACUUUACAAAAUAUUCAAAGUGGUUGAUGUUAAUGAGGACGGGUCUCUGAGUUGGGAAGAGUUUGUGGUAUUCUCGUAUCCAGAGGACUUUGAAGAGGUUCACCAGCUGGCUUCAGGCGAGAGAUUCCGUAAGCUGGACGAGGACCACGACAACAGAUACAACAUCAACGAGUUCAGGAAGUACUACAACAAACACGUGACCAUUAAUGAACUGCUCCCUCUAGAAUAUAGGACAGCUGAUCGUAUGUUCAACGCUUGUGAUAAGAAUAGGGAUGGCUUCUUGUCCUACGAAGAGAGCGACGAGUGUUUUAAAGGACACAUCGCCAUCGAUCACCGUGAAUCUGUUUGGCUGAUAGAGGACGGUGACAAGGAUGGAGAUGAGAAGUUAAGUAGAGAGGAGAUUGUAGAGGAGUUUGAUACUAUAACUGAAGAUGACGACUACUUCCACGACAGAGACGAGCUCUAGAAUGGGUCACAUUUAUAUCUGGAAGAUCAUAUUCUGUAGUCAUUCUUAGAGACGAGCUCUAGAAUGGGUCACAUUUAUAUCUGGGAGAUCAUAUUCUGUAGUCAUUCUUAGAGACUAGAUCUAGAAUUAAGAAUGGGUCACAUUUAUAUCUGGGAGAUCAUAUUAUGUAUUCAUUCUUAGAGACGAGCUCUAGAAUGGGUCACAUUUAUAUCUGGGAGAUCAUGUUCUGUAGUCAUUCUUAGAUAAACUAACUAACCAUGACCUUGACCUUUAUAUCGCAGAUUUAUUUACAUCUAGGACACCAACUUAUUUUGACCGACCUUGAUUUAUAAAAUUGUUGGGUAUUAUGGCGUUGUAUGAUUUAAAUUUCUAAUAAAUAUUUGAACUUUAUUGUAGUUAGAGAUAAAACACAA